UCUGGCGGUGUUGAACAGUAGGAGAGUCCGGGAGAAGCAGCACACGCGUCGGAUCCGUUUGGACCGGACUUGUUGCGCAGCUGCUAUUUGCUCACCAGGUUUUACGCUUCAUCGGUGAUAUUUUCUGUGGAGGAAACCAGAUGGAUGAAGCGGUGGCUUUCUCUUAGGCCCUCUACUUCCAAACGCAGGCUAUAGGAAAAUGAUGCUUUUAUACGUUUUUUUUAGUUUUUUUUUAUGAAGUUCUGUAACCUACAGUGACAUUUCCAGUGUAUUUAAUAUGAUCUCAGAGACAGGGGAUGAGAGUCAUGAACCGGACGCGUCCCUGCCACGGACUAGACUUUAGCCACAGCCUCUUCUACCUGACUUUACUCCUGUGGACCAGAAGCAUGACUGGACUGGCUGACUUCUCAAACUACCUGUCCAGGAUCAUCACCAGUCACUCUGCUCAGGCGUGUGACGGACAGCCUCUGCGACUCCACUGUCCACGUCACUCCACCAUCUCCAUCCAGUCCGCCUUCUACGGGAACAGAGUGCCGCAGCUCUGCAGAUCAGACCCGGACCCUCCGCUCAGAGCCCAAAACCACAGCUGUUCAGCUUUUACUGCUCUACAGAAGCUGCUGUCGGAGUGUCAGAGCCACAGAGAUUGCCAACUUCCUGUCAACCACCUGCUGUUUGGGAUGGACCCCUGUCCUGGCACUACCAAAUACCUCCAUGUGGACUACAAGUGUAAACCAACUGAACAUAAAAGACAUGUGGUGUGUGAGGGGGAGACGAUGAUUCUGCGCUGUAAGCCCCCCAAGGUUCUGAACAUCUAUGCAGCUGUCUACGGGAGAAGUCUGGACCAGCCUGACACCUGCCCCUCACACCUGACAAGACCACCCCCGUUUGAGUGUCUGAAUCACGAGGCUGUACACUUGGUGUCCAAGUCCUGCUACAGCAAACAGAAGUGUGCUGUUGCUGUCAGCAACCAGACCUUUAGAGACCCCUGCUUUCCAGGAACCAGGAAGUACCUCAGUGUGGUCUAUUCUUGUGUACCGCAGACUUUACUAAGGGAGGUAGACCCUUAUAUAUUCAACUCCACUUCAUCUCCUACUGUGGACACAGAAAAAGCUCCUCCUGCAGAUCUGGAGGAGUCUUUCCCCAAAGGUUCAAGAAGGCCAGACAACUCAGGAACCAUGAUGAGCAACUCUCUCCUGACCUAUGCCUACAUUAAAGAGCAUUCAGAAAUGGCAGCACUGCUGUUCACCUCCAGCGUGUGUGUCGGUCUAUUGCUCACGCUGCUGGCUGUAUCAGUCCGAGUGACCUGCAGGGGGCGCCAGCUCGGUGAUCACAGAGUCACACCCACUGUCAACUGCCAGGAGGAGGAGGAGGAUGAUGAAGAUGAUGAUGAUGAUGAUGAGGAAGAGGGGACAGAGACCUCUUUGAUCUCGGCGGCUGAGAGGAAGGCGAUAGACGGCUGGGAGGAAGUGACUUAUGUGAGCGAGGCGGCAGAGCGGGCGGAGAGGAUUGAGCGCAGGGAGAUGAUCAUACAGGAGAUUUGGAUGAACUCCUAUCUGAAUGGCAACUCAUGUUAAGUUAACUGGAACCCAUGUAUGCUGCUCAGCACCUUCAGGAUUUUUUUUUAAAAGAUUCUCUACAGCAGUUCACGGCCUUUUUAUUAUGAACAACACAAGAAACCUUUUAUCCUUCUUCUUUUUUUACAUUGUAAAGCAUUGUAAGUGUUUUGCCAGUUUGCAGGAGAGCUCAGUUUAUGAAGAAUGUAAUGUUUGGAUGAAUCUGCAGUACUAGCCAUUUUUAAAGGAUCAACAGGGUUUAAUGCUGUAAAAUGGGUGGUCACAUAAACACUGUUAUUGUUUAAAUGUGUUUAUUCACAUCCACCACUAAAUGAAGCCAGGGAUUGAACUGCCGGUGUUCCGAUUAGUAGACAAUUUUUUAAUUUUUUUAUUGAGUCAAGCAAGUGCAGUGGCUGAAUCUGGACGAAGAUCCAGAUCAAAAGAGUGGAAGGUUAGCGACUGAUCAAUAAUUAUUUAGAGAACCUGGAUCAAGGUGGUGUUUCUCAUGUAAAGGUUUAAUCACGGCAUCCAUGAAAAUGGAUGUAUUUAAGUCACUGAUGCAGUUUUCAACAGGUUGUGUUAUUAUCUCUAACAAACGUAGGCACAUUACAGUGUUUUCCUAAAGGAUAAUUACGUUAUUGGUCCCUAAAAUUGCCAUCUGUUCAUACCAAAGGUAUGUGAUGUUGUCACCCACAACAACACAUCACUGUCUCUUUAUAGAGCCAUAUAAACUGAAUGUAGAAAAAUAUUGAAUUAUCAUUCAACUGUACAUAUUACAUACAGGCUGUUUUUUCUUUUUAUUCACUGUUCCUUGAAAGUGGCCAGUAAGCCACUCCUCUCUGAUUCACUGCAUUGACUCUGUCAACAGUUCCACAAAGGUGGAAUUAAACUUCCUCAUGCCCGCUGGGACAAGAGCUGGACCAACCAACUACUAUGUUGCAACGUCCUGCCUCAGAGCAACACAGGCUUUCACUGGUGUGUGUGUGUGUGUGUGUGUGUGUGUGUGUGUGUGUGUGUGUAACUGAC